UCAUCCUUGGUAGAGAUCCUGUGGGUAGAACUCCUCUGCUGCAAACAGACACAUGACAUGAAAGAGUGACCGUAUUCUUUUCGUUUCUCCAGCUGGUGCAGCAUACUGGUCAUUUCGAUACGAAUCCUGGCAUCUCUGCUCUGGCCUCCGUUGCCAAAUACCUCAACGACCGUACGGUUGAGCUGGUGCUCAUGACUGAACGCGCAUAAAUGCGCAAACACAAAGCAUAGACCUCAAAUUUGUGACUUUGUGUGAGCCCCGUCUCACUCCGAGAAGACGAUUCGGCUCUCAAACUGAGUGGAAGGAGCACCGCCAGCGCCUCGUCGAGGGCACUGGGCGUCCCUGUGGGGCACUGCCGCUGGGCCACACGCAUGGCUGUGUUGAUGGGGACGGCUGCGCUGCGGCUGGCUGUGUAUGUGGUGGGAGCGGAGGCGCUUGAGGGACCUGCAGAGGGUGGCACCUCGUGCGUGGCGUCGAGGCUGCUCGAGAAGUCGAGGGCGAGCACGCCAUCGCAGGACAGAGGGAGGCCGGAUGACGAGAGGGGCUGGGUGGGGGGCAGACGGCCCUCUUUGAGCUCCGCCCAGAAGAGGAAGAUGUCCUUGGUGAGGUUGUCAGGACACACGACGCCCAUCGCCAGCAGGCACCUGUGGCAGUGGAUAAUCAGCGAGAGGCCCUUGACAGCUGAUCCAGCAUGCUGAAGGGGAUCUCGUAGGGGUCGGGGGCUUGCGGGCGGUCUCGGCAAUGCGGGCGAUGUUGAAGAUGUCGAUGAAGUCCGCCAAGUCGACGUAGUGAUCGUUCGUGGCAACCCGAGUCGAGGAGGUCGGCACCACCUCCUCGGCCACGUACAGGCGAUUCUCCACCAGCCUCUUCCUCUCUCCGGCGACUUCAAGCGUCAGGUGGAGUGUGGCGGAGUUGUCCUUGUCCGUCAGUGCGUCGAUGAGGCGGACAAACGGUGCCCGCCGCGCCCCUCCCUCCAACGCACCCAAGUCCUCCCGGUCGACAGCUUUGUUGAGCUUAUUCAGACGCGCCUUCUCGAUAACAGCCGCCACGAAGCUCUCCUGCCUUGUCCGGUCGUUGGCCUUCCUCACUGCAGCAGUGUCACCGUCGGCAUCGAUAUCUCCAGGGCACGGCCAGGUCUUAAAGGCCACCUCCUGCCCGUCCCUGAUGCCCUUGAACGCCCAAGCGAAGCUGCCCUUUCCAUAAAUGCGGAUGGCUCUAAAGUUGUGAAAUCGGGUGGGAAAAAAGUUUGCCCCCGUCUCUGUCCCCAAUUCUCGAAUUCUCGACGCACUCCCUUCUCCUCCCGGAAACAAACGCCGAGUCCAGAGGCUGAGGCUGUAGAGAAGUGAAGGCCAACAAUUGCCCUGUGUGAAGCCGCGAUGAUUUCACCAUCCAUUUUGAGUAGCUGUGCAGCCUAAGGUGAUGUUCAUGAUGGAUGGAUGGAUGGAUGAACAUGCAUCCAUCGCUCAGUGGUGACUUCUCCUUGACUACAUCGUGCUUGAGUCCUCAACCGUGUCCACGCGCAAACAUGCAUUAUAAAACCACGUGUGCCGGCCGGCAUGCGAGAAGGAAUGAGAUACUUGUGAGAUACACAGCCAGAUAGAUAAAUAGAUCCAUUUAUGCACACAAGGAGAGCAGAACGACACACCGACCGACAGAAUGAUGAAUAAAGACGUGCUUUACCUACCCACCCAAACCCUCCAGACGCGAGGCGAAACGACGUGGCAAAGUCAGCAAAGAGCUAAGUGAAAGGCUUCUGGUGCGAUGAGCGGCUGUGCUGCUGCAUGCGACCCCAUCAG